AUGGGGGACAAAUACAACGCACCCCCUCCGGCUUAUCCUCAGGCUUCUCAUCAGCCCGGAAAUUACCCUCCUCAGGGAGGAGCCGCACAAGAAUUCUACAGUGGCCAGGCGCAGCAGCCCCAAUACCCUCCGCAACAGGGUUACUACCCUCCCCAACAGGGCUACCCUCAGCAGCAAAUGUACUACGGCCCCCAGGGGGGCCAGCCUCCCGCGCAAGGAUAUUACGCUGAUGACCGAGGAAAGGCGGGCGGCAUGGGCUCUGGAAUAUGUGCGGGUAUACUUGGUGCGAUGGCAUGUUGCUGCUGUCUUGACAUUCUUUUCUAA